GUCACCUGACUGGGAUCAAACAUGGCUGCUCUGGACGCGAAAAUGCAUUCGACUCCCGGAGCAGCUCGUGUGGUGUUUCCGCGGAUGAGAAAAUUGAGAAUGUAUUUCGCGUAACGCCUCUAUUUUCUAUCUACCUGCACUCUGUGCUGGGAAAAUGAGUUACCCAUUUGGAAAAGAGGAAACCACUACAGAGGAGCAGCUUUUUGGUUUUUUCUGUGAGUGCCUGCGCAGGGGAGACUGGGAGUUGGCACAAGCAUGUGUACCUCAGCUACACAGGGGACAAGGAGAGAUCCCCCAAAAGGUGGAGGACAUACUCCAGGCGCUGGUGCAGUGUCCUAUUCUACUACGAUGUGGGCCAGAUAUCAACCCUCAAAAACUAGCCUGGCUCUGGCUUCUUGUAUUAGAAAAAUGGUUGGCCCCAGAAAAGAAAUUACUUUCUGCUGUUUUCCGGAGAAAACUUGAGUUUCUUUUUUUGUCAGAAGACCUCCAAGGGGACAUUCCAGAGACCAUUCUCAAGGAGCUGUUUGAAACCUUAGCACAAGGCCCAGUGGCCAGUAUACCUGACAGAAGUCAGAGAUGGGAAAGCACGACCCCUCAGCUAAGCGCUGAAGCUGUCUCCAUGCUCUGGAAUCUUCUGAAGCAAGCCCCUCGGCCAGCCCAGGCCCUGUUAGAGCUGCUGCUUGAGGAGUACCACAGCUCCAGCCUCUGUCCCAGUCCUCUGCAGAAAUCACUGCUGGACCUCAUCCGAAAGGCAUUGAAGACCUUACGGGACCCUGCUUCUCAGCCCUCUGGGGUGGCUGAUGCUGUCUGUGGAGCCCUUCAGGCUCUGUGCUGCACUGCAGAGCUACCAGAGAGUGAAUGGCGUGUCCUGUGUGAGGAACUGUUGGAGACCUGCAGGACUGAGGGCAGUCCCCUGCAGGAGGAACAGCUGCUUGGUUGCCUGUUGCACAAGGCUGGACGGAGCCUACUGUCCCUCUAUGGCCACACCUAUGCAGAGAAGGUGGCAGAAAAGCCACCAAAGGCCACACUUUCAGGAAAAGAUCUUCCUGAUCCUGAGCGGGCAAUGCUGGCCCUGUUCUCCACUCCUGACCCAGCCCAUGCGUGGAAAAUGGCCUUUUUCUAUUGCCUGAGUAACAACAAGCACUUCCUGGAGCAGAUCCUUGUAACAGCGUUGACCCUGUUGAAAGAGGAAGAUUUCCCAAGCCUUGGAUACCUGCUUGAUAGAGAAUUCAGGCCUCUCAGUCACCUGCUCGUGCUCCUGGGAUGGACGCACUGUCAGAGCCUUGAAUCAGCUAAGAGAUUACUCCAGACUCUCUACAGGACCCAGGACCAAGGCCACGAUGAGCUUCUCAGGGACGCCUGUGAAGGAUUAUGGGCUCACUUAGAAGUCUUGGAGUGGUGCGUACAGCAGAGCAGCAGCCUCAUACCAAAGAGAGAGCUCUUGUGUCACUUACAUGGUGGAGACAGCCACUCAGUGCUGUACUCUCUCCAUCACCUUACAAACCUUCCAGCCCUAAAGGAGGAAGAAGUCCUUAAGCUGUUACAGAAGAUGCCAACCAAGGACCUCCAGGGAGAGCAUGAUACCCAUGAUGCCUCAGUCCCUGAGCACCUGAGCCAGUGUCAGAGCCUGACCCUCUACCAGGGCUUCUGUGCCAUGAAGUAUGCGAUCUAUGCCCUCUGUGUGAACUCACACCAGCACUCUCUGUGCCAGGACUGCAGAGACAGUGCCUCCGAGGACCUGGCCUCGGUGGAGCCAGGCAGCGAUUCGCUCCCCUCCCCAGGUGCUUCACAUCUCUUCCCAACAUACCUGGCCAGGUGCCGACAGUAUUUACAUAGCAUCCCCGACUCUCUGUGCCUGGAAAUCCUGGAAAACAUCUUCUCGUUGCUCCUCAUUACCUCUGCCGACCUUCACCCAGAGCCUCACCUGCCUGAGGACUAUGCCGAGGAUGAGGACGUUGAGGGGAAAGGCCCGCUGGGUUUGAGGUCUCCAUCAGAGAGCCCUCAGCGCAUAGCCGCACCUGAGAGGAGGUCAGAGCGGGCUUCCGUGGGACCCAGGAACCUUGCUCAUACAAUGGCAGGCUGUCCAAAGGAAGAACCGAAAGACAGUUCACCAGGGCCUCACAAGCACAGCUUUUUGGAUCUGAAGCACUUUACUAGUGGCCUGAGUGGAUUCCUGGCUGAUGAGUUUGCUAUAGGCGCAUUCCUCAGCCUUAUUCAGGAGCAGCUCAGUGAAAUCAGCAGCCACAGCACAACCGAGGAGACAAGGCUGCUGGAAGACCAGAGCUGCUCAGCAGCCAGAGACGGACUGCAGAGCCGCCUGCACAGGUUCUCAAAGGUUCUCUCCGAGGCACAGUGGCGGUACAAAGUGGUAACAAGCAACCAGGGCUCAGAAGAGCAACCUUCCAGAAGAUACCGGCCCAUUGCCACAAGGCAUUCUAGUCUCCGCCGAGGUCGUCGGACCAGAAGGACCCGGGCAGACGGCCGGGAAAGAGGCUCCAACCCAUCCCUGGAAGGAACAAGUAGUGAGCUGAGCACAAGUACUUCAGAAGGGAGUCUGAGUGCUGUGUCUGGGCAGGUGGAGCUGGACAACCGGUUUCAGCCUCAACCUCAGAGUUCCAUCAUCCCCAUGAUGUUCUCCCCGCCGGAGUCUCUGCUGGCAUCCUGUAUCCUCAGAGGGAACUUUGCAGAAGCCCAUCAGGUGGUAUUCAUGUUCAACCUGAAGUCCUCACCUAGCGCCGGCGAGCUGAUGUUUGUAGAGCGAUACCAAGAGGUGGUCCAGGAGCUGGCCCGCGUAGAGCAUAAGAUUGAAAACCAGAAUUCAGAUGGGGGUAACAACACCAUCCGGCGCACUGGCAGUGGUCGCUCAACUCUACAGGCCAUUGGCAGUGCCGCAGCAGCAGGGGUGGUAUUUUACUCCAUCUCUGACGUGACUGACAAGCUCCUUAGCCCCUCCGAAGACCCCAUCCCCACGCUCCAGGAGGAUUUUUGGAUAAAUGCUACUCCCAUGGAGACCACCACUCCUCUCAGAGAAGUUCUGGAAGACCUCAGUCCCCCUGCCAUGGCUGCAUUUGACCUAGCUUGCUGCCAGUGCCAGCUCUGGAAGACCUGCAAACAGCUCUUAGAAACAGCCGAGCGGCGACUGAACAGCAGCCUUGAGAGCCGGGGUCGAAGGCUAGACCAGGCUGUCCUGAAUCCUGAUGGUAUGCGAGGUUUUCCAUUUGUCCUUCAGCAAAUUAGUAAGAUUCUCAGUUAUCCACUUACACUAACAGGACUAACAAAAUCAGAGACUCCAGAAGAAAGAGGAGGAGGCGCUCCGCGGUACAGCAUCUCUGAGCUGCUUCGGAUGUGCUGGCCCAGCCUCACCGAAGACUGCGUUGCCAGCCACACCAGCCUUUCCCAGCAGCUGGAUCACGCUCUCCAGUCACUUCGAGAGGCAUUAGCGCUGCCAGAGCCCAAGAGUACUCCACUCUCUUGCUUAGUGGAACAGGCAGCCCAGAAAGCCCCUGAAGCAGAGGCCCACCCUGUGCAUAUCCAAAGCCAGCUCCUCCAGAAAACCCUAGGAAAACAGAUACCGGCGGGCCCCAGACAGACUGACUAUGUGGGAGCCUUCUUCAGCUACUGCAGCAGCCUGGCUGCAGUUCUCCUUCGGAGUCUGAGCUCUGACCCUGAUAAUGUGGAGGUCAAGGUUGGGAAUCCCUUUGUUCUUCUGCAGCAGAGCUCUUCCCAGCUGGUGUCACAUCUGCUGCUUGAAAGACAAGUUCCCCCAGACAGGUUGGCAACCCUUCUUGCCCAAGAGCAUCUCAACCUAAGUGUGCCACAGGUCAUUGUCAGCUGCUGCUGUGAGCCCCUUACUCUUUGCCUAUCUCGACAAAGCCAGCAGGCCUCAUCCCUCCUGACCCACCUGCGCAUGCUGGCUCAGGGGCAUGCGUCUCACCUUCUGGAUGGCCUGCCCCUCUCUGUGCUGAGCCCCCCUAGACCAAGCGAGAACCCCUCAACAGAGAGAAAGUCUCAUUCCUCCCCAAAGGAUUCACUCCCAGCCUUCACCGCCUCUGCCUUGGCCUUCCUUAAGUCUCGCUCAAAGCUACUGGCCAUGGUGGCCUGUCUGAGGGCUUCCCGAGGGACAAAGGUCAGCAAACCCAGCCUGUCAUGGAAGGAACUGCGUGGUCGCAGGGAGGCACCUCUGACUGCAGAGAAGGUAGCCCAGGAGUGUGAGCACCUCCUGGAACAGUUUCCUGUGUUUGAGGCUGCCCUCCUAGCUAACUGGGAGCCUCUACAACAAGCCUCUGAGCCAAGACAGAGUCUGGCAGCCUGUCUCUGUGGUCAGGCCAAUCUCUCUACCGUACUUCUGGGCCUACAUUCUACUCUAGCCCUGGAUGUAUUAACGGAGGCCUUUGAGGAAGCUUUGGUGGCCAGAGAUUGGCCACGAGCCCUUCAGCUCAUUGACGUGUAUGGGCAAGACUUGGAGGACCUGAGCAGUGUACGGGAUUCAGUCCUGACCUGUGCUACUGUGUGCGACAAGGAAGGUUGGCAGUACCUGUUUCCUGUGAAGGACGCAUCCCUGAGAAGUCAGCUGGCUCUACGGUUUGUGGACAGGUGGCCCCUGGAGUCCUGCCUGGAGAUCCUGGCCUACUGUGUUUCAGACAUGGCUGUCCAAGAAGAACUGAAAUCUGAGCUGCAGAGGAAGCUGAUGGAGCUGCGGGUCUAUCAGAAGAUCCUAGGUUUACAGGAUCCCCCAGUGUGGUGUGACUGGCAGACCCUGAGGAACUGCUGUGCUGAAGACCCAUCAACUGUCAUGGACAUGAUGCUGGAAUCGCAGGAGUAUGAACUGUGUGAGGAGUGGGGCCGUCUCUACCCCAUUCCAAGAGAACAUUUGGUCAGUCUGCAUCACAAGCAUCUUCUCCACCUGCUAGAAAGAAGAGAGCAUGAGAAGGCUCUUCAACUCCUGCAACGAAUCCCUGAUCCCACCAUGUGCCUUGAAGUCACAGAGCGGUCCCUUGACCAGCACCCCAGCUUAGCCACUUCACACUUCUUGGCCAACUACCUCACCUCUCACUUCUACGGAGAACUGACCACUGACCGACACCGUGAGAUCCAGGCACUGUACAUGGGAUCUAAGGUUCUUCUGACUCUGCCUGAACAGCACCGGGCCAGCUAUGCCCAUUUGUCCUCCAGUCCUCUGCUCAUGCUAGAGCAGCUGCUGAUGAACAUGAAGGUGGAUUGGGCCACCACGGCCGUGCAAACUCUGCACCAACUGCUGGCUGGAGAAGACAUCGGCUUCACCCUGGAGGAGGUUGACUCAUUGCUCUCCAGAUACGCAGGGAAAGCCCUGGACCUCCCGUACCCACUGAGAGAGAAACGAUCAGCAGAUUCCGUGAUUCACCUCCAGGAGCCUGUCUAUCAAGCUUCAGACUCAGAGACCCUGUCUAGGUCAUCGUCAGCCGAGUUCUCUGCGGCUACCGCUCCUGGAAGUGCCUUAGUCCGUUCCCCCAGUCCCAAGGAGAGGGCUUUCCCUCAGACUCAGCCACCGCUGGGGUUUGUGCCCCCAGAAAUACCCCCUGCCAGGGAUCAGUGGGUCCCAGAUGAGACCGAGAGCAUCUGCAUGGUCUGCUGCAGAGAGCACUUCACUAUGUUCAACAGACGUCAUCACUGUCGCCGCUGUGGGCGGCUAGUGUGUGGUUCCUGCUCCACUAAGAAAAUGGUGGUGGACGGCUGCAGAGAAAACCCUACACGCGUGUGUGACCAGUGCUACAGUUACUACAACAAAGAUGCACCAGAGGAGAGCCCAUGCCAGUCAGAAGUUCCAGACAGUGCUAAAAAUGAAAGCCCUCCAUAUUCAGCUGUGGUGAGAGUCCCCAAAGCAACCGAGGUGGAAUGGAUCUUGAGUCUAAAUGAGGAAGAAAAUGAGCUGGCGCGGAGUGAAUUUUACUAUGAGCAGGCCCCCAGCGCCUCCCUGUGCAUUGCCAUCCUGAACCUGCACCGAGAAAGCAUCGUCUGUGGUCACCAGCUGAUUGAGCACUGCUGCAGGCUGUCCAGGGGCCUCACCAACCCAGAGGUGGAUGCCGGGCUGCUCAUAGACAUCAUGAGGCAGCUUCUCUUCAGUGCCAAAAUGAUGUUCGUCAAGGCUGGCCAGAGCCAGGACUUGGCUCUUUGUGACAGCUACAUCAGCAAGGUAGACGUCCUGCAUAUUUUAGUCUCUGCUGCCUACCGCCAUAUGCCAUCUCUGGAUCAGAUCCUGCAGCCAGCUGCAGUAACCAGGCUGAGGAACCAGCUCCUAGAAGCCGAGUACUACCAGCUGGGCGUUGAGGUCUCUACAAAGACUGGGCUUGAUUCCACAGGAGCAUGGCAUGCCUGGGGCAUGGCCUGCCUCAAAGCUGGGAACCUCACUGCUGCAAGAGAGAAGUUCAGUCGCUGCCUGAAGCCUCCUCUGGACCUGAACCAAUUGAGUCACGGCUCGAGGCUAGUCCAGGAUGUGGUCGAGUACCUGGAGUCCACAGUGAGACCCCUCAUUUCCUUGCAAGAUGAUGAUUACUUUGCCACCUUGAGGGAACUGGAAGCCACCCUUCGAACCCAGAGUCUCUUCCUGGAGGCCAUUCCUGAUGGCAAGAUCAUGAACAACACCUACUACCAAGAAUGUCUCUUCUACCUGCACAACUACAGCACCAACCUGGCCAUCAUCAGCUUCUACAUGAGGCAUAACUGCCUUCGGGAAGCCCUGCUGCACCUGCUCAACAAGGAAAGUCCUCCAGAAGUCUUCAUAGAAGGCAUUUUCCAGCCAAGCUAUAAAAGUGGGAAGCUACACACUUUGGAAAACUUACUGGAAUCCAUCGAUCCAACCUUGGAGAGCUGGGGAACGUACCUGAUGGCUGCCUGCCAACAUCUGCAGAAGAAGAACUACUACCACAUCUUGUACGAGCUGCAGCAGUUUAUGAAGGACCAAGUCCGGGCAGCCAUGACCUGUAUUCGGUUCUUCAGUCACAAAGCAAAGUCAUACACAGAGCUGGGAGAGAAGCUGUCAUGGUUGCUUAAGGCCAAGGACCACUUGAAGAUCUACCUCCAAGAAACGUCCCGCAGCUCUGGAAGGAAGAAAACCACCUUCUUCCGGAAGAAGAUGACUGCAGCUGAUGUGUCCAGGCACAUGAAUACGCUGCAGCUACAGAUGGAAGUGACCAGAUUCCUACAUCGCUGUGAAAGUGCUGGGACCUCUCAGAUCCCCACCCUGCCCCUGCCAACACUCUUUGGAAACAACCACAUGAAAAUGGAAGUUGCCUGCAAGGUUAUGCUGGGAGGAAAAAAUGUGGAAGAUGGUUUUGGAAUUGCAUUCCGUGUUCUGCAGGACUUCCAGCUGGAUGCUGCUGCAACCUACUGCAGAGCUGCCAGGCAGCUGGUUGAGAGGGAAAAAUAUGGUGAGAUUCGACAGCUGCUCAAGUGUGUCAGUGAGUCAGGCAUGGCAGCCAAAAGCGACGGUGACACCAUCCUCCUCAACUGCCUGGAAGCCUUCAAGAGAAUCCCACCCCAGGAGUUGGAGGCACUGAUCCAGGCCAUCCACAGCGACGACAACAAGGUUCGGGCCUAUCUGACAUGUUGCAAGCUGCGUUCUGCCUACCUGAUUGCCGUGAAGCAAGAACACUCACAGGCCGCUGCCCUCGUCCAGCAGGUGCAGCAGGCUGCCAAAAGCAGUGGGGAUUCUGUAGUGCAAGACAUCUGUGCUCAGUGGCUUCUGACAAGCCAUUCCCGUGGUGCCCAUGGCUCAGGCUCCAGGAAGUGACCCUGGACUGCAGAACCUGGAAAUUAUAGCCUGGGAACAUGGCAACAGGAACAAUGCCACAUAACACCCUCCAUCUCCGUCUUCCUGUGGAGUGGGACUUCUGCUCCUGCCCCAGGUUGGAGUGAGCAGGUUAGACUGUGCUUGCCUGAGUGGGCAAGAGUAGGUCCUUUCACACAAGUGCCAUGUAAAUUGAAGACUCUGUGUUUGUCUGGAGAUAGCCACUUUCUACCUCAGAGUGACUGUGUGUGCAUGUGUGCACACCUGUGUGCAUGCUCCUGUGCACUCAUGUUUACGCCCAAGCAUUUUCUGAACAAAUGAGACUCCUCUUGAAGAGAGGCGCUUUACUUCCCACUUUCUGCUGGUUUGAAGACCUUCGGUGUGUUUGGUUCUUGUCCCAGGUCGGCCUGUUCUCCACCGUUCCCCCUCUAUGCAGACAGACAUGCUUUAACAGCUCCUCCUAACAGGAGGGGUCAACAGAAUUACAGAGCAAUGCCAAAAAGGUUGCUUCUCCCCAAAAUUCAGAGAGAAGGUUAGGAGUGUGGCUGUGGACGAUGACAGCUUUCCCCACCACCACACCGCUCACAAGCACAAGGUUUGCAGGUGCAAGCAUCUGAAAGUUCUGACAGUGGUAUAAAUGGUUGGAUCUGGAAGGCUGAGGCCAGAGGGGAGGAAGAGGCAGACCUCUGAGCACAAAGCUGGCUCUUGUCAGUAUCCCUGUUGCAGGGUUGAUGGGUAAGGACACAUGGCUUUUUCUUUCAGAGGCUGGGGAAAGAAAUGGUAGCCAGGAUCCUGGGGCUGAAUGAAUGCUAAACUCUACCUGUUUGCAUUCCGUUCUCGUUUGUACCUCUUGAAUUAGUUAAGAAACCAUUUCUCCAUCCCCAUGCUCCCAUUCAGUCUCCUCAGGGCCAGGGGUCGGAUAUGCAAAGACCUAGCUCAGUCAGGCAGCAGUACACUGAGGGAAUGGGGCUUACUUCAGAGUUGGGUCUACAGACAAAUCAGAACGAGGGGGUAACAAGUAGUUCUCAUCAUGGUGGGGACUAGAUGAAGGGUUUAAUGUGCUCUUCAGCUGAGGUGAGUUGAUGCUCUAAAGAAAAGGUCUGUAAUUUGGUGACUGAUUUGCAAAUGAGAACCCUAAAGAAAGGCCUGUAGCCCCAAGUCUCCUACCAGCCAGAGCUCAGCCUAUUGGUCGCCCCUUGUCGCCAGGGCAACAGGAACUGGAAACUGAAGUCAGUGUCUCUGGUGCUUAGAAACCCUGUUCAUUUCUUCUGAACCAAGUUUUUCUUAAUUAAGAGUUCUUAAAUAGACAUCUGUCAGAUAGGCUGAAGCUGAAUCCUAGCUCCCUUAAGGGUGAGGUGUGACAGUGGCCUUUCCUUCCUGACGCAUAGAACACACCACAGCUCCCAGGAUCCCCCAGUGCCUGGAGUCUGCUUACACUCAAGGCUGUCUGUGUUUGCACUGAACAUAAGCACUUUACACAACUGGGUUGUAAGUCUUGCAGCCCUCGAUUUAGGAUGUCACAACCAGAUUUCCCUGACUUUCUUCUAACUUGAAUUGUAAAAUAGGUGGACCAUUGACCAGGUUAACAGAGAAAAGAAUACAGACCUAAGACAUCAUACUGUGGUCUCCUGAGAAGCAACAAUAACAUCAAAACAGUUGUACAUGUUGAGGAAUUGUGUGUCCUACUACAACCAAGCAACAAUAAACUGUCUAUCCCACCUA